AUGGCUUCCCCGCCCCACCAGCAGCUGCUGCAGCACCACAGCACCGAGGUGAGCUGCGACUCCAGCGGAGACAGCAACAGCGUGCGGGUCAGGAUCAACCCCAAGCAGCCGUCCUCCAACAGCCACCCGAAGCAUUGCAAGUACAGCAUCUCCUCCAGCUGCAGCAGCUCCGGGGACUCCGGAGGGGUUCCCCGGAGAAUGGGCGCCGGAGGCCGCCUGCGCAGGAGGAAGAAGCUGCCCCAGCUGUUCGAACGGGCUUCCAGCCGGUGGUGGGACCCCAAGUUCGACUCCGUGAACCUGGAGGAGGCUUGCAUGGAGCGUUGCUUCCCGCAGACCCAGCGCCGCUUCCGCUAUGCGCUCUUCUACAUCGGCUUCGCCUGCCUUCUCUGGAGCAUCUAUUUUGGGGUCCACAUGAAAUCGAAACUGAUUGUCAUGGUAGUCCCUGCUCUGUGCUUCCUCGUGGUGUGUGUGGGCUUUUUUCUGUUUACCUUCACCAAGAUGUACGCCCGCCAUUACGUGUGGACUUCGCUGGUUCUCACCCUCCUGGUGUUCGCCCUGACCCUGGCUGCCCAGUUUCAGGUUUUGACGCCCCUCUCAGGACGAGUUGACAGCUUCAAUCAUUCUCGGGCCGCCAGGCCCACAGACACUUGCUUAUCUCAAGUGGGGAGCUUUUCCAUGUGCAUCGAAGUGCUCUUUUUGCUCUACACCGUCAUGCACUUACCUUUGUACUUGAGUUUGAUUUUGGGAGUGGCCUAUUCUGUUCUUUUUGAGACCUUCGGCUAUCACUUCCAAGACGAAGCCUGCUUUCCCUCACCUGGAGCGGAGGCCCUGCACUGGGAGCUGCUGAGCCGGGCCCUGCUCCACCUCUGCAUUCACGCCAUCGGGAUCCACCUGUUCAUCAUGUCCCAGGUGAGAUCCAGGAGCACCUUCCUCAAGGUGGGCCAGUCUAUUAUGCACGGAAAGGAUCUGGAAGUGGAAAAAGCCCUGAAAGAGAGGAUGAUUCAUUCUGUGAUGCCAAGAAUCAUAGCUGAUGACCUGAUGAAACAGGGGGAUGAGGAGAGCGAGAAUUCUGUCAAAAGGCAUGCCACCUCCAGCCCCAAGAACAGGAAGAAGAAGUCUUCCAUCCAGAAAGCCCCUAUCGCCUUCCGCCCGUUUAAGAUGCAGCAGAUCGAAGAAGUCAGUAUUUUAUUUGCAGAUAUCGUGGGCUUCACCAAGAUGAGUGCCAAUAAGUCUGCCCACGCCCUGGUGGGUCUCCUCAACGAUCUGUUUGGCCGCUUCGACCGGUUGUGUGAGGAGACCAAAUGUGAGAAAAUCAGCACCCUGGGAGACUGCUACUAUUGUGUGGCUGGGUGUCCUGAGCCAAGGGCCGACCAUGCCUACUGCUGCAUCGAGAUGGGGUUGGGCAUGAUAAGAGCCAUCGAGCAGUUCUGCCAAGAGAAGAAAGAGAUGGUGAACAUGCGCGUUGGGGUUCACACGGGGACCGUCCUGUGUGGCAUCUUGGGCAUGAGGAGGUUUAAAUUUGAUGUGUGGUCCAAUGAUGUGAAUUUGGCCAAUCUCAUGGAGCAGCUGGGAGUGGCUGGCAAGGUUCACAUUUCCGAGGCCACCGCAAAAUACCUAGAUGACCGGUACGAAAUGGAGGAUGGGAAAGUUACCGAACGCCUUGGCCAGAGUGUUGUUGCUGACCAGUUGAAAGGUUUGAAGACUUACCUGAUAGCGGGUCAGAGAGCGAAGGAGUCUCACUGCAGCUGUUCAGAGGCCUUACUUUCUGGCUUUGAGGUCCUUGACGGCUCGCGGGUGUCCUCAGGCCCUAGGGGACAGGGGACAGCGUCGCCAGGGAGUGUCAGUGACUUGGCGCAGACUGUCAAAACCUUUGAUAACCUUAAGACCUGCCCAUCGUGCGGAAUCACAUUCACUCCCAAGUCAGAAGCUGGUGCAGAAGGCGGAGCGGUCCAGAACGGCUGUCAGGAGGAGCCCAAGAACAGCGCUAAGGCCUCCGGAGGACCCAGCUCCAAAACGCAAAACGGACUUCUGAGCCCUCCCCCGGAGGAGAGGCUCACCAACAGUCAGACCUCUCUGUGCGAGAUCUUACAGGAGAAAGGCAGGUGGGCAGGCGUGAGCCUGGAUCAGUCGGCGCUCCUUCCGCUGAGGUUCAAGAACAUCCGGGAGAAAACGGACGCCCACUUUGUCGAUGUUAUCAAGGAAGACAGCCUGAUGAAAGACUACUUUUUUAAGCCACCCAUUAACCAGUUCAGCUUGAACUUCCUGGAUCCGGAGCUCGAGCGGGCCUACAGGACCAGCUAUCAAGAAGAGGUUAUAAAGAACUCUCCCGUGAAGACUUUUGCCAGUGCCACCUUCAGCUCCCUCCUGGAUGUGUUUCUGUCGACAACAGUGUUUCUGAUUCUCUCCAUCACCUGCUUCCUGAAGUACGGGGCCGCCUCCACGCCGCCCCCUCCGGCCGCCCUGGCAGUCUUUGGAGCCGCCCUGCUGCUGGAGAUCCUGUCCCUCGUGGUCUCCGUCAGGAUGGUGUUUUUCCUGGAGGAUGUGAUGGCAUGCACCAAGCGCCUGCUGGAGUGGAUAGCCGGCUGGCUCCCGCGCCAUUUCAUCGGGGCCAUCCUGGUGUCCCUCCCUGCCCUGGCGGUGUAUUCACACGUUACCUCCGAGUUUGAGACAAACAUACACUCCACCGUGUUCACGGGCUCCGCCGUGCUGACUGCAGUGGUGCAAUACUGCAACUUCUGCCAGCUCAGCUCCUGGAUGCGGUCCUCCCUGGCCACUGCCGUUGGGGCCGGGCCCCUGCUGCUUCUGCUCUACGUCUCCCUGUGCCCGGACAGUUCCACUGUAAUUUCACACCUUGAUGCAGUACAGAAUUUCAGCUCCACGAGGAAGCUGUGCAACACCUCGCUGCCUCACGACAGCAGGAGCCCAGCCAGCCUGAUCGGCCAGGAGGUAAUUCUCGUCUUCUUCCUCCUGCUCCUGUUGGUCUGGUUCCUGAACCGAGAGUUCGAAGUCAGCUACCGCCUGCACUACCACGGGGACGUGGAGGCGGACCUGCACCGCACCAAGAUCCAGAGCAUGAGGGACCAGGCCGACUGGCUGCUGAGGAACAUCAUCCCCUACCACGUGGCCGAGCAGCUGAAGGUGUCCCAGACCUACUCCAAGAACCACGACAGCGGAGGCGUCAUCUUCGCCAGCAUCGUGAACUUCAGCGAGUUCUACGAGGAGAACUACGAGGGCGGCAAGGAGUGCUACCGGGUCCUCAACGAGCUGAUUGGGGACUUCGACGAGCUCCUGAGCAAGCCGGACUACAGCAGCAUCGAGAAGAUCAAGACCAUCGGGGCCACGUACAUGGCCGCGUCUGGGCUGAACGCCACUCAGUGCCGCGACGGCAGCCACCCGCAGGAGCACCUGCAGAUCCUCUUCGAGUUUGCCAAGGAGAUGAUGCGUGUGGUGGACGACUUCAACAACAACAUGCUGUGGUUCAACUUCAAGCUCAGGGUGGGCUUCAACCAUGGGCCCCUGACGGCGGGCGUCAUCGGCACCACCAAGCUGCUCUACGACAUCUGGGGGGACACGGUCAACAUCGCCAGCAGGAUGGAUACCACGGGCGUGGAGUGCCGCAUCCAGGUCAGCGAGGAGAGCUACCGCGUCCUGAGCAAGAUGGGCUAUGAGUUCGACUACCGAGGGACGGUGAACGUCAAGGGCAAAGGCCAGAUGAAGACCUACCUAUACCCCAAGUGCAUGGACAGUGGGUUGGUGCCACAGCACCAGCUGUCCAUCUCUCCCGACAUCCGCGUCCAGGUGGAUGGCAGUAUCGGACGCUCCCCCACAGACGAGAUAGCCAACCUGGUGCCUUCCGUUCAGAACCCGGACCAGGUGUCCCUGGGUUCCGAGAACAACGCCCAGACCAGGGACGCUCACCCGUCUGCUAAGAGACCCUGGAAGGAGCCCAUCAGAGCCGAAGAAAGGUGUCGGUUCGGCAAAGCCAUAGAGAAAAGCAACUGUGAAGAAGCCGGGAUGGAGGAAGCCAACGAACUCACCAAGCUCAACGUCUCAAAGAGGGCGUGA